GUAGUCGCGUGUGUUGUGGCUAGAAGAAAUGUUAAAUUACAAUAAAUGACAUAAGCUAAAUCCUAACAUUACAAUAAUUAAAAAUAGCAAUUAACUGUUGUCAACGUUUUCGGGGAGGGUGAUUUUAUAGGGCAAAAAAAUGACGUAACAUUAAUGUCCGCAUGACUUUUUGGAGAAUUUGACGGGUAACGUUAGGAUGAAAUUUCGGGACACCUGCUAGUCGGCUCUCCUUUUCAGAUUGAACAACUCUUGUAUAGACUCGAUUCAUUCGAGCGAAUUGUUUUUUUACGGUUUGAUGUUAAAUUUAUUUUCAUCAGAUUAGAACGAUUUUGCACCAAUUGCUUUGUUUAAUGCUGCAGCGUCAUUUCUUAACCAUGGUCAUUCGUUGGCCGAUGUGACGUCACACGAUGUCUGUCAGUCAGUAAUGGAGCAUUCUAUCGAUAUUAAAUCCAUGUGGGGUUGUUUGUUAACGCUGCAUAACAUUAUUUGACAUUCGCGUUUAAAGCAUUAAGAUAGAGAGUAGUUACAAAUGUCGCCCACGGGCUUUUUCAUGUAUUAUGCCUACGGCAGUAAUUUACUGAAAGAGAGACUCCAGCUAAACAACCCGUCAGCUGUGUUUCACUGCAUCGGAAAAAUCAAGGACUACAGACUGAAUUUCGGGCUUUGGGGGGACACCACAAACUGCACCUGGCACGGUGGAGUGGCCACAAUAGAAGAGAGUGAUGGAGAGGAGGUGUGGGGGGUCGUGUGGCGGUUAGACAAUGAAAACCUGUCCACUUUAGACAAACAGGAACAGGUGCAUGAGGGCAUGUACAGCCCUUCACAUGUGAUGGUGGAAACAGACGAGGGGCCGAUUCUCUGCCGGACGUAUAAGAUGAACAAUUUUAGGCCAUGUCUACCUUCACCACAGUACAAAAAGGUCGUGUGUUUGGGGGCUCAACAGAACAGCCUGCCUCAAAACUACAUACAGAAGCUUCUGGCUCAGAAGACAAACGACUACAGCGGCACUUCAGUACUGGAUCAGAUCACCAGCAUGGAGAAAUGACCUGCAACUGAUCUUAACCCAAUUUACUAUGAAUACACACACACAUCUCUUGACAGAAUUAACGGGGCUUAAAGAAGGUUUAUGGGCCGUUUGAGACAAACACGUCUAACUAACUUUCAUCACCAAGACUGCAAAAUUGAAUCUAUAGUUUUAUAAGAUCUUUCUGCGUGUCUGUUCAAUGAAAUUCAACCACAAAAUUUCAACCUUUUUACUUUCAGGCAAUUCUUCAUCAAAAACAGUCAACAUUAAAGUUUGAGAACACCACGUCUGUUUCUUUUCUAACAUUGUUAAAAACAAAAAGCAACAAACUGAGCACCACAUUUGGGUUAAAGCACAAUUCAUCAUUUGUUCAUUUCGAACUUCAGCUCAUAUUUAAAUCUUUUUUUAUCACAAUUUGCAUUGUGGCAAAGCAGCGACCCACUUCAGUAAUUCCUUAAAUAAAAAACAUGUAUUUUUUAA